CUACAGUACACCGUAAUCUGCGCUGCGGACUGAUACAAGAGCUCUCAUCCCCACACAUUCACACACACGUAUCCUGCGUUAUAUACUGUAUUAUCGCGUUUAUUAAAACACACUCUCUGCUGCUGAUUUGAGACACACUCCUCGGACGGGCUUUGAUUAAAUAACUCCAGCAAGAUGGCUGACCAGCUGACCGAGGAACAGAUCGCUGAGUUCAAGGAGGCAUUCUCACUCUUCGACAAAGAUGGCGAUGGCACCAUUACCACUAAAGAGUUGGGCACAGUGAUGCGUUCGCUGGGUCAGAACCCCACUGAAGCUGAGCUGCAAGAUAUGAUCAAUGAGGUUGAUGCUGAUGGCAAUGGAACUAUAGACUUCCCAGAGUUCCUAACUAUGAUGGCGAGGAAAAUGAAAGACACGGACAGCGAAGAGGAAAUCCGAGAAGCUUUCAGAGUCUUCGACAAGGAUGGAAAUGGCUACAUCAGUGCUGCCGAGCUCCGUCACGUCAUGACCAACCUCGGCGAGAAGUUGACAGAUGAGGAAGUGGACGAGAUGAUACGAGAGGCAGAUAUUGAUGGAGAUGGUCAGGUCAACUACGAAGAGUUUGUCCAGAUGAUGACCGCAAAGUGAAGGAUUGUCCUAUCCUUUAACCCCUCUCUCUCUCUCUUACAUUGCUUGUCCUACUAAGAUCACUCUGUCUUUAAAAAGAAAAAAUCGAGUUUACUUCAGAGAGUAUACAAAUUCUGUGAUCUCUUACCAAAAACGUCAAAUUUUUAGAAGCAAUUUGUGGAAAAACAAUCGCGGACUUGUCCCAGCAGAAGUGAAUGGACCAAGCAUAACUGCAUGAGCCCUUUCGGAGCAAACGUCUCCAGACCUGACAAACAUUUUGAGGACAGAACGUCACUUUAGUCGCAAAUGAGUUGAAGUCUUUUAAAUGCAGAGAACAUCUUCCAUGAGUGUUCUGUCAUUGCGUCAAAAAAAAAAAAUAGAUUCAAUAACAAACUACAAUAAUGCAAAGCAAUUGUGGAAUAUAGUCCAGGGCCACAGUGCUGCCUUUACUACAAACUGAGCAAAACCAACUGCGUGUGACCUUUUGUGGUGAAGUCAUGCUUUUUCUGUAUUGCCUUCUCCCGUUUAAGACUCGAAACUGGAUGUUUAUUGUUAAAACCCGACGUCAUACUUCUAAUAUGUAUAACUGAGGUUUAUUGACAGUGACUUAGAGUGUGUCUUAUGGGCUGUAAGGUUACGAUGUGGGUUUUGUCCUGUGCUAUGACGGCUUCAAUCUUUGUGGGUGCACCGAGAUGCAAAGUAUGUACAGCAGAAUCAAAACGUGAUCGCUAACUGUUUAAAAAAAACAUAGUUACACAGAGAAUCAUAAUGCUAUCAGUGUUAUGCUUUAUAAAUGUACUGUUCACCAAUAUUAACGUCUGGUAAACUUUGCAUUGCCUAUUGUUAAUCUGCAGUAGUAAGGUCUGUGACAUUUGUGUGAACCAUAGUCUUGAAACGUGCCAUAAUACUCGUACGCCUCAACUUUCUUGCAAGAUAUCUUGUAGUCAAUUAAGAUGUAUAUUAUCAAUAUAUAACUAUACACACAUAAUCUAUAUAUCUAUAUACAGUAUAUUUGCACUUUGGUGUAGAUUAUACAUUCAGUGAUGGAGGAGGAACCCGCUCCUGCUGCUUCUACAGAUCAUACGUCUUUUGCUCUCGUGGGUUUGUCACAACCUUGUGAAGUGCUCUGGAUUUUGUUUGCGCUUCGCUUGCAGGAAGAUCGACGAAGGCAGGUUUUUUGUGGGGUGACUAGAAAAUGUAUUAAAUUAUAUUGCUAGCAAGACUCGGGUUACUUUGAAGGGCUUGUUGUUGGUCUAAUAAUUGGAUUUUCUAAACGUAUUACUUCUGUGGUGAAGAGCUUUACAUGGCUUAUCUUACUCUGUUCAGGACUGUCCAGACAGUUUUAUGUCAGGGUUAGAAAAUGAGCGACUGGAUAGGAGAUAAUCGACGUGAAAGAUGUACAGAUAAUAUGUGAUGCAUCUGUGUUUUCCAAUAAAAAUAAAUGUAUACGGUUAUGCA